AUCGUACAAAUGUCAAAAUAAAAUUUUCUCUCCUCCGGUCGCAGGGGGAUUUAUUGUUGUAAUUUUUAUAAAAUUAAUAUAUCUCCCACCUAUGAUACAUUAAGAGAGUGCAAUAUAACAAAUAAGGAGAAAAGUUUUGUGAAAAUGUUAUAUUUACCCGGAUAAGUCGUAGAGCUUGAGGUCGGGCGAUAUGACCUGACAACUACUAGGCUAAGGGAGUAUACAAUAAUAACAAAGCAGUAUAACGUACACUAAUCGGUCGAAGAUGUUUUCGAAAUCCAUGACAAGCAAGGAUACGUUUCUGGAGCAGACGAAGGCGGCUCGGGAAGAGCGGGCACUUGAGAAGAAACGGGAACAAUCAGCUGUGAAGGUACAAGCGUAUAUAAGAGGAUGGCUGGCGAGGCGAAAAUUCUUACGAAUGAUAUUGGAUGAAUUUGACCACCUCCUCCCGGACCCACCAAUCACACAAGAUGAGACACCUCAACCACUGGAGCUAGUCCCAGCUCUGGAAGUCUACAAAGCAGCCAGUCAGCUGUUUCUGGUAUUCAAGAAAGAAAGAGACAGAAAAAGAUUUGAAAAACUAUGCAAAUACAUUGUGCAGAGUCUCCACUCUGAGUCAGUGAAGAUGUCUUAUGUUGGAGUGUUUUUGAACAAAGAGUACAGUUUGCGAUGGAUAGCCCACAUCAAAGACCUGCUUUUCAAAUGCUGUACAUACCUCGAGGAGCUAAAACCAGAGUCACCCGUAGAUAUGCAGAGUAUACUUAUCUUUCUGCACACAUUGGUCGCCUUCACAGCAACCAACACUUGGGCCGUCACCCGGAUGAAGAAUUUUGAGAAGCUCCGGGGAGGGAUGAACCAGUUAUGUGCCAAUGUUAUGGGCUCGCUGUUCCAUAAAGGAUAUUACUUGACUUUGAAGUCACUUCUCCUUCGAGGGCUGUGUCGUGAGAAAGUUUGCCUCAAGAACGUCGCUUUGACUGCCGUGGUAACGCUCUCGCUUCGGCCGCUCGUCUCCGCUCAGUUCUCAGAGAAGCUGCUCACCAUGUACAUCAUACAAAUAUUGUCUGUGCCAACGCUGGUGUUCCACAUGCAGCAGAUCUCGCCUGAAUCCAUAACGGCAUUCCGUACGCACGCCAUGUUCGACAAAUGCCUUGAGUUCCUCAGCACGGAUCAGAAUAUGCGGAUAGUAUUCAACACGCUUGAAGGGAACUACGCACUGUGCCUGCUUGCUAACUUGAUUCAGUUGGCGCAUUUAGAGCGCGAGCAUGCUAUGGCAGAGAGCUAUUAUCCUACUUUUGUGCUAGUAGUAACCCGAUUUCUGGACUCCUGCCAACAAUACGUGGUCUGCAAGAAGGGCAACCUGAGCAACUGGCACCCGGUCCUCGGCUGGUUCUCCCAGAGCUUCGACGCGUAUCUCCCGCCCACUAUGGGGAACCUUCGCACGCAGCUCUCUCUUCUAUGGGGAGCCCCGUUGCUGAAGAAAAUGCUGUCAUCUCCGCUGAAAGAGAUGGUAGACGCGGGUGUAAGCGGGGAGGAAGGCGCGGGGCCUUCGCAGCCGUCCACGCCGGUGCAGAGUCAUAACCCCGCUGCUAUUAUAAGGAGGGCAUUUGAGGCUAGAACUAAUAGGGCUAAUGCAAAUAAAAACUACAGGAAACUAGGAUCUCCCGAUUGUACCAAAGCUGCGUUAAUAUGCUCAAUGUAUCACACGGCAUUGCAGACUAUGACGCAGGUUAAACUAGAUAUAUUAACAGGUCUUUGCAAUCAAGACGAAAUAUUAUAUUCUCUGUGGCAAUUUCUUUGCACGUUGGGACCAAACUGUGGACUGAAAUCAUUUCUCGAUCUCCUAGCUGUAAAUACGAAGACGUCGGCGCCAGAGUUUCAGAUGUUGAUACUCUUCGCUGACUGCAUGACGCAUUAUGUCACGAUUUUAGAUGAUAUGGAAAUGUAUGAGCAACAAGAACCAUUCAAGCUGCAGGACUUUAUAAACAUGUCACUGUUUCUAAACAUGUUCGUCUAUAAGUCUAUUAUGAAUCAACUGUUUGAUCUAAAAAACAUCCAAAGCAACGAGCUAUUCGCUUCCCUACACACACUAUUACUCGUCCUAUAUCGACGCGACUGCCGACGCUCCUAUACCCCCGACAACCACUGGCUGGUCCGAGAGAUCCGCGAGGGACAGUUCAUGGCCGAUUUAGAGAAGGGGAAAAAGCCGCAGCAGGUGCUGGUGCAAAAGACCCCGCAUAUGAUUGCGCAUGGCGAAAGAGUUAGACUGUUCAGACGCGCUGUUGCAGACGAAAAGGUGGUGCUAGGUUUAACAGAACGCGCUUGCGGCGGCCGCUCGACCUUAGUGACAGUCCGUCGAGCGCGUCUCGUUGAAGAUGGUUAUAGACAACUAGCAGCACUCCCCAGCAGGGCGCUCAAGGGCGUCGUGCGAGUACGCUUCAUAAACGAGCAGGGGCUUGAUGAGGCUGGCAUAGACCAGGACGGCGUUUUCAAAGAAUUCUUGGAGGAGACAAUAAAGCGCGUGUUCGAUCCGUCUCUGAACCUGUUCAGAGUGACAAGUGAAGAACGCCUUUACCCAUCGCCGACCUCGUGUCUCCAGGACAACCACCUGCAGCUCUUCGAGUUUAUUGGCCGUAUGCUGGGAAAGGCCGUUUACGAGGGUAUCGUAGUGGACGUGCCGUUCGCGUCAUUCUUCCUAAGUCAGGUGCUGGGGCAGACCAACCAAGCCCUGUACAGUUGGAUUGACGAACUGCCUUCUCUGGAUCGGGACUUGUACCGCAGUCUUACCUAUAUUAAACACUUCCAGGGAGACAUUUCAACGUUGGAGCUCACUUUUUCCGUGGACGAGGAGCGAUUAGGCGAGAUCGUCACCCACGAACUUGUGCCGGGCGGGAAAGCUAUUCCUGUCACUAAUGAAAACAAAAUCAACUACAUACAUCUGAUGGCACAUUUUCGGAUGCAUACGCAAAUAAAAGACCAGACGAACGCUUUCAUCAAAGGCUUUAGGACCAUCAUAAAUCCGGAAUGGCUGUCACUGUUUUCAACUCCAGAGCUUCAACGCUUAAUAAGCGGCGACAACGUCCCCCUCGACCUGCGCGACUUGCGCCGCCACACGCAGUACUACGGCGGCUUCCACGACUCGCACCGCGUCGUGUGCUGGCUGUGGGACGUUCUACAGCGAGACUUCACCGAGAACGAGCGCGCCAUGUUCCUCAAGUUCGUGACAUCAUGUUCCAAGCCGCCAGUGCUCGGGUUCGCGCACCUCAAGCCGCCAUUCUCUAUUCGGUGCGUCGAGGUCGGGGAUGACGAAGACACAGGCGACACAAUAGGCAGCGUAAUCCGCGGUUUCUUCACGAUCCGCAAAAAGGACCCGCUGAACCGUCUACCCACUUCAUCCACCUGCUUCAAUCUCCUCAAACUGCCCAACUAUCAGAAGCGGAGUACGCUGCGCGACAAACUGCGCUACGCUGUUAAUAGCAACACUGGGUUCGAGCUUUCCUAAAUGUGACAAGUAGGUUUUAAUAAAUAUGUCCGAGACGGGUUCACACACCACACUCGGCAGAUGCACCCGUGACCGCGAUGUCUCGAACAAGGCACGGCUUAACGAACCGAGCUGCUACGCGUGGCAAUUCCUCGCAAGGCUGCUGUCGAAACAUUGUGACUGGCCAACAACUGACGCGCGCGGCUCUGUAAAAAAUAUGAUCUAUCGAGAACACAUUCAGUGAUUUUCAUUAAGAUUAACUGCUUUAUACACUAGGUAUUUUUAGACCCAGUAGUCCAACUUCGAAGAUUUAAUAAUCCUCGUUCCAAAUUCAAAAUCUCGAACGCAUUUGCUCGCCAGUGACGGUCCGUCUGGGCGCGCCCCGCCGCAAACAUGCUUAAACCUUACUCUUUAUUCGACAAGCCCCAACCAAACCCGUUUUCAAACGAUUACUUCGCAAGCAUCUUCUGUCUUCUUCUUCGUCAUUCCCUCAUGCCUGAGGAUCGUGACCAACAUCUAUGUCCCUCCACUAUGUAUAGUUAAAUACUACUACUUAAUAACAAAUGUUAUUAAUUUUUCCUGCACCAACAUACACAGGCGUCUCUGUUUGACCCAAUGGUUGACUGGUAGAGAAUGCCUUUUGGCAUUAAGUUCGCCAUUUGUACAUUUUUCUUUAUUUGUGCAAUAAAGUUUAAAUAAAUAAACCUGCUUAUAUCUGUCGCGUCAUCAAUUGUUUUUACCCGAGAUACGCUCUUUUUUGUACGAAGUUGGACUACACUGUAUAAAUCGGUGUACACUGCCGCUAUCAACCGUCGUCUAUUCCGAGAAGGCUCACGGUGACGCGACGUACACGAUAGUCGUGGCGUUCUAUAACUGAUCAAAUAGCUGUCUAAGGGCCUGUUUCACAAUACUUGCCACUUAUCUGACGAUUAAGUCCUCGUUGGCGUUUCACAAUCUUCAAAUAAGCUUAUCUGGUAGAUAAAGUGCAAAGAUUUGCAGGAAGUUUUAUCUGACAGUUAAUUUAUUUGGUAAUUAGCUAUCCAAUACUUUACUUGGACAUUGUGAAACGGAAAACUGAUUAUGGUAUCUGUCAGUUCGGGCAAUGGGGAAAUGGUCAAAGGCUUUUAUGGAUGACGCAAGCAUAAGCUUCCUGUUUCUAGUUUGUUCUAUGGGAUUUGACUUAAAAAUUAUCCAUGUCAUAAAAUUAUAAAACUGACAUUAUUGGUAUGAUUGACAGGCGAAUCCUAUGCUGGCGCCUUCUCUUAAAAAUGUUGACCUAUUAACUCCAUUAAAAAAAAAUAGAAUGCCGA